AAAAGAAAGGCGAGAAAGGGGAAAAUAAUAAGAGGCAACACCUUCUCUCGCUAGGGCGCGAGAGAGAGAGAGAGAGAGAGAGAGAGCUCCUUGUAUUAUUAUCAUUUUCGUCGCGUUAUCGGUCUCCGUUGCCACCGCACCCGUUCUCCGAAACCCUCGUCCAUGGCCCUUGCCCCCACCGCCCCCUCGGCGAAUCCGUCGGCGAGCCCCGACCGUUGAUCUCCCAGCCCGCUACGCCGCGAUCUCCGCCGGAUCGUUGAUGCCUUGGCGCGAUCUCGCCGGGAUCCUCGUCGGACGAUGAACGGAAAGGGGCCCGAGGGGACCGGGGGGUCGUCGGCGCUGCCGGCCUCGCCGCUGGAGUGGAAAUUCUCGCAGGUCUUCGGGGAGCGUACGGCGGGGGAGGAAGUGCAAGAAGUCGACAUUAUUUCUGCAAUAGAAUUUAAUAAAUCUGGAGAUCAUCUUGCUACUGGAGAUCGGGGAGGACGUGUAGUUUUAUUUGAAAGGACAGAUGUUCGAAAUCAUGGUAAUCGAAGAGAGCUGGAGAGACAAGAUUACCCGAUUAGUAGGCAUCCUGAGUUUCGCUACAAAACUGAGUUUCAGAGUCAUGAACCUGAGUUUGACUAUCUCAAAAGCUUGGAAAUAGAAGAGAAAAUCAACAAGAUCAGGUGGUGCCAAACAUCCAAUUCUGCACUUUUUCUCCUUUCCACAAAUGACAAAACAAUUAAAUACUGGAAGGUACAAGAGAAGAAGGUGAAACGGAUCGCUACGUUGAAUAUGGACACUUCUGAAACUGGAGGUCCAUCGCUGCGUUUGCCUGUGGUAGUGACGGGCCAGGAGACAAAUCUUGUUGCUAGAUGCCGCCGAGUAUAUGCUCAUGCUCAUGAUUACCAUAUUAAUUCUGUAUCAAAUAACAGUGACGGUGAGACAUUCAUAUCAGCAGACGAUCUUCGAAUAAAUUUAUGGAACUUGGAAAUUAGCAACCAGAGCUUUAAUAUUGUUGACGUGAAGCCUGCAAAUAUGGAGGACCUAACAGAGGUGAUAACAUGUGCUGAAUUUCACCCACACCACUGUAAUAUGUUGGCAUAUAGUAGCUCAAAGGGCUCUAUCCGGCUUAUUGAUCUGCGGCAGUCGGCAUUAUGUGAUAACCAUUCUAAGCUGUUUGAGGAGCAUGAGGCACCCGGAUCAAGAUCUUUCUUCACAGAGAUAAUUGCCUCCAUUUCAGAUAUAAAGUUUGCAAAGGAUGGAAGGCACAUUCUUAGUCGUGAUUAUAUGACACUUAAGCUAUGGGAUUUAAAUAUGGAUUCGGGUCCUGUUGCAACUUUCCAGGUCCAUGAAUAUUUAAGGCCUAAGCUAUGUGAUUUAUACGAGAAUGAUUCAAUCUUUGACAAAUUUGAGUGCUGUCUGAGUGGAGAUGGUCUUCGGGUUGCUACUGGUUCUUAUAGUAAUCUAUUUCGUAUAUUUGGUUGUACUCCUGCAAACACUGAGGCAACAACUUUGGAAGCAAGUAAAAACCCAAUGAGGCGUCAGGUUCCAAAUCCAACUAGGCCCGCGAGAGCUUUAAGCAGUUUGACUCGUGCUGUCCGACGAAGCUCAGAAACUCCAGGAGUCGAUGCCAAUGGAAAUUCCUAUGAUUUCACGACCAAGUUACUGCAUUUAGCUUGGCACCCCUCUGAAAAUUCAAUAGCUUGUGCUGCUGCUAACAGCUUGUAUAUGUAUUAUGCAUAGAGAAAGGACUAGAAGUAAAAGCCUUGGCAAUUUUUCUCCUUUCGGGUGUGCUUCUUGUGGAAUAUUUUGGCUUUUCACAUGCAACCAGCAAGAUGGGUGCAGGAGGUUUGUGUUAUCGAUAUCGAUCCACACGACAAUGCUUUCCCCUUUGGGGCCAGAAGAGGCCUUCGGAGUCUAUAAGGAAAUCGACUCUCUUUCCUUUAUGCGUUGACCAGUUCUCUCCUAUUCUUUUGUAGAAGUGCAAGACAACCAUUUUCUAAUCAUGCCAAAUUCUAGGUCCCAAAGUGUGAUUUGCAGCUCUCCUACCGCAAAUUCAACAGAAGUUCGAGGACUUAGUAGAAAGAUUACAGAAGGGCUUUUUCUUCAUCUAAUCCGGCCAUGUAAGGGCAAUGGGUGCGUAUAUCUCUGCGUGCCGAGGCUUGUGCGAAUUAUUGUUAUUUGUUUUUGUUGUUCUUUUUUCACCUAUCAUGUGCUAACCAUAUAUCUUAUUCAUUUUAAUGCCAGUGGCUCAUCGAUCUUUGGAUUAUGAUCUAGUUGUAGUUACUCUAAUUAGUUGUUUAUCCAUGGCUGUUUUUCAUUUAUAUAAAUGUUACAAUAAAGUAGGAACGGAAGCUCCCUGUUGUUUGUGCUCAUUAUUUGUGUACUUGCAGUUUAUUUUAGUUCAGAGUUAAUGUAAUGUUAGUUGGUUUUACUUU